AUGUCAAUGCCAUCGGAUAUAAGUUCAAACAAUGGCUCAGAGCUCGACGCGGAAGUCUUUGGCCCUCUUGCUACAAUCCCAGAAGACCAUCUCAUCGCCAUCGCCUCCCGCAUUGGUAGUAAAGUGCUUCGUGUUUCCACAAACAAUGCAAAACUCGUCAAGCGUGUCUCUGGCUCGUACAACAUCGUUCAUAUUAUUGAGCUGGACACCCUCAAACUCGUGAUACGAGUUCCUGCUACAGGCUGGGGGGCCGGAGUGACAAAGACAGCGGCAGACGCCCUCGCAUCACAAGUUGCGGUAAUGCGUCUCGUUCGACAGAAAACCCAAGCUCCUGUUCCCGAGAUUUACGACUGGGACCCAACCAUCAACAAUGAAAUUGAUGCCCCAUUCAUCUGCAUGGCUUUUCUACCAGGGGAGACUGCGUCACAUGUUUGGUUUGAUCAGUCAAAUGGCACAGAAGCUCGCGAGGAACUGCGCCUCAACAUUCUGUCAAGUUUGUCAAACAUCAUGGCCCAGUUCUCAUCUAUCAGUUUUGAUAAGAUCGGUUCCAUAACGGCAGCACAAGAUGGGUCUCUCUCUCUUGGCCCGAUCUAUCACUGGCUUGUGAAGGACGAUGGCAGCAUUCAGGUCACAGCCGACCGCACCUACUUCUCAACAAUGGAAUUUCUUGCAUGCAACAUGCGAUUCAAAGAUGCGAGGGACAGUACAUGGAGUCGAGCGCAAAACAAAAUACUCGAGACUCUCAUUCAAAAUUCGCCAGAUCUCGACUCCUAUUCUCGCUUUGUUCUCUGCCCACCCGACUUCGACUCUCAGAACAUCCUAGUGGACGAUAAAGGUAACGUGACCGGAAUCAUCGACUGGGACCUUUGUCGGACCAUGCCGCCACACCUUGGGUAUGCUUCAUAUCCUGGGUGGAUCACCAGAGACUGGGAUCCUUUGAUGUAUGGCUGGCCAUUUGAACAAGAGUAUGAGGAUUCCCCAGAGACUCUGCAACGCUAUCGAGCGCAUUACAACAAGGGACUAGGCAAGGCUCUCUCGUGGAACGGAGACUGGAAACUCACCGAGACCUCUCACGUUGCCGAAGCAGUCUGGAUUGCGAUGCUUGACUCCACGAACAGGAUGGACAUUUGCCGCAAAUUUGUUGAGGUUGCCCUUGGGAUCGAGAACAGGAACGAUGCUAUCAGGGUUCUGUACAAGAUUGGAGAGAACGAGUAUGACCAAAAAAGCUGGAAAUAUCUGCAGAACACACUGAAAGUCUUAAUUUGUCCACCUACUACUCCCUCACAGGCUACUUGA